CAACCGCCAAUAAACUCAAGAAGAACUCUCGCGAUAUUCCAGUCGUGUCCUUGAUGCAGAAAUGGGCUACUGGGAUCUGGAAGAGGGCAAAGACUGCGUUGCCAAAACAUGGAUCACCACAAAAAUAGCCACUGCCAUCGGGCUGGUAGGUUCUGCCUACCACAUUGUGGCAUUUCCACCUGAAACAGCUGUUGAGGCUUUGACCAGAGCAACAUCAGGCACUGUCACCAUGGCCGCCAUGGGCGCCAUCUUUGGAAUGGCCACUUGUCUUAGCGCACAGGCCAGAGAAGCACCUGACGACCCAACCAACUAUUUCAUCGGUGGAUGUGCUUCAGGUAUUUUCCUCGGGGCACGAACACACAGUGCUAUCACGGGUACCACAGCGUGUUUUGGUCUGGGAACUUUGGCUAUGUUCACCAAGGUUGGAAAAAUGGAAGGCUGGAGACUAACAGGACCCCCAAAACUGUGACCUGAUAUGUCCCCUAGUGCUUGAUGUGUUUAUAUUGUAUAUUGCUCAAAUAAAUGUAUUACGAUUAAAAA